CUAAUACCUUUGUCAGUAUCCUUUCACAUUAUUGGAUGUAACUAAUUUGAUUUUCCCCUCGUAUUAAGAAAAGUUUAAUGCGUUUCAGUUUCCUUCGCCAUAUUUUGUUUUGAGGAGUUCCCAGUUCUAUUGUGAUUGGGUGGUGCCUUCGAAAUGUCAAUGGAACUCUUUUAAUUGAAGACGUCGCAUGUUACGUUCUUCGUGACUGACCGACCUUCGCCGUUUAUCCUUCGUCCCCAGUUCGGGUAUAGUCGUAUCGAUUAUUCGAUGAUUACCAUUUCACGUGGGUAAUUAGUUUGAAUGGUUCUUUAGGCAUCCAGUCAACUGUCGGUGUGUGUGAUCUGUAAGUUGUGUCAGUGAACCCGUAAUGUUUGAGAGUGGUACAAUAAUGGCAGAAAACAAGUAUUUGGAUUUUCCUCAUUCGGAUGUGCCUGUGUUUGCGGUGAUUAAAAAUUCAUCAUGGAUGUUUCGUUCCUGGUAACCUAGUAUCAACAAAGUAUUCCUUGAACAUGUUGAAGUUGCAAUGUGUGUCCAGUCUAGGGCAAGGUUUCAGGAAUAGCGAACAGCCUUUGACUAUUUGGAGUCAGUUUCGCCUCUAACUCAGGAGUCUGGUGUUGGUUGGCCUGGAUUUGACUCCCAGAUUGAUCACAGAGAGUUGAUGAAGAGUCUACCUCAUCGAAUCUGCAAAUCGUUGUCUUCCAUUCCAGGCGUUUGUUUCGUAGGCCACACACCAAAGACUUCAGGGAUGAUAACAGACUUCCAUUAAAAACGGCUGGAACUACUCCUAUAUCACCCGUCCAAAUCCGUAUAUUUUUCUACGCUACUGAAACGCACCCGUGAUUGAUGCCUUGCCCGCCACCCGCCACCACCACUUUAAGCAGCGCCCCCAACGUUGGGGUCUCACCAGCCUGCACCGCUGCCGUCACCAGCAUAGUUCCCGGGCUGCCGUUGUCUCUGCAACCUCCGCUUCCCUCUGCGGAACUUCUCAUGCAGUACCGUAGGAUGGAACAGCCCAUGGGCCCGCCAACUCAAGUACCGCCUUCACCAUCUCAGCACUCGACCGCUCCGGUCCCUCAAGGCUCAGGUCCACUGGCAAGCCCUACCGUCCCACUAUGGAACUCAAGUGGUGUUGCUUAUCCAGACUGGGCCUACAAACCGGAGUCAAGUCCCGGCAGCCGGCAGAUCCAGUUGUGGCACUUCAUCCUGGAGCUGCUGCAGAAGGAAGAGUUCCGUGACGUGAUUGCCUGGCAAGGUGACUACGGGGAGUUCCUCAUCAAGGAUCCUGAUGAGCUAGCCAGACUGUGGGGAAUGCGAAAGUGCAAGCCACAUAUGAACUAUGAUAAACUUAGUCGAGCACUUAGAUAUUACUACAACAAGCGGAUCUUGAACAAAACCAAAGGCAAGCGCUUCACCUACAAGUUCAACUUUAGCAAGUUGAUAUUGGUGAACUACCCGGGAACUGACCUCAAAUAUGUGCCUCCAUUCAUUCCUGCCUCUCGGGGUGGAAUUGGUUCCUCAACGGAAGAUCCGAGCAUGGAUGAUGAACCAAGCACACCGUCCCACCUGACGAAAGAAGGCGGAUCAUGCAGUGACUCCGGGGAGUCUUUGGAUGGCGACGAGAAGCCAGGGAGCCGCCGCCACCGUUCCCAUAGCCUGGGAGACACCGAGCCACCUUCAACCAUGUCUGUUCAUCCUCCCACACCUACCCAUCAUGCCUUGCCACCUGGUUUCAGUGAACAUGAUCAUAGAUUAGCCGGUUUGAUGAGCCCUAAUCUACGUCACAAUUACAGUGGACCUGCCUUUCAAAUGAUGCGGCCAGCAUCUAUCUUCUCCCACUCUCUGCCGGCCAGUCCUUGUUAUCUAUCACCGCUAGCCAGUCCAUCUUCAACAAUGAGUCCGCUCUUAUCAGCACCCGGUCACCCGCAUGGCCCAGCAAGGUUCACCUACACGCCAGCAGAGAUCCAAAGGGCUCAUCAAGAGGCUCAAGCGCAGGCUGCAAUCGCGAGGUUAGAGCACGAGCGUGUCGCUCAACUCCGUGUGGCUGAUGCGCAUGCCAGGGCCUUCCCUCUGUCUGUGCCGGCGUCUCCUGGCACACUGUGGCGCACGCACACAGAGAACGAAAUGCGCAUCAGAAAUCUGGAGCUGACUGCGGCUGAGAAGUUACAGCGGCAGGAAGAGCAAAAGCGACAAGAGGAACAGAAGCGUCAGGAGGAACAGAAGCGACAGGAACAGAAUCGCCAAGAACUCAAACGACAAGAACAACUUCGCCAAGAGCAACAAAACCUAGAGACGCAAAGAUUACAAAAGUCUCCUGAAAAGGAAAUACGUAUCCCAGAAAGGCCAGUGCAGUCAGAACUAUACUUGCGUAGAAUGGCUGAGAAACAGGCUAAACAGGCUGAAAGACAGGCUAGCGAGCGUCGUGCCCCGCCUGCUAUCACCAUAGAAGACAGAACUAUCACAAACUCUGCAAGUGUUAGAAAAACGCCUGAACCUGUGCCGUGUACAAUUACCAGCCCUCCAGAAGAGCAACAAGAACAUGUCAAGCCAUGUCGGAAGACGCCUCCACCACCACUCAAAGUCGACUCAAAACAACUCCUUUUUGAUAUCAAGCCGCCAAGCAGUGCUCCCCCCAUCAACGACAGACUAGAUGCUCGACGAUUUGGACCAGGAUUUAGAGGAAGUCCUGGGCCACCACGCAGAGUCAUUGUCCACACAAGUAAUGAGAGUCGAUCUGAGGAAGACCUUCUGGAUGCGGACGACAGCUCUAACAGCAACCAAGAAGCAGUCCCUAUCAAGCUGCGAUUCAAACGCAAAUGGAACCGCGACAGCUCGCGCCCACCUUCAUUCGCAGAGAACAACGACACAAAGUCUCCCAAGAUUUUCUUUGACUCCAGUCCCUCGUCACGCUCCUUGCCUUGCACUCCAACUCAACGAUCGCAGAUGGGCACAUUUUUCCAGUUUCCAAGCCCGAUGGAAACACAGACCGAACACGAGCCUUCUGCGUCCUCGAUUCAACCUCCUAAGGAAAAGGAAAAAGAAUCCUUGCGUCGUUUCAGAGACUACUACUUUGAAACCAAUCACGGUACCAAGGACAGUCAGAGAUUAUUACAGGAGCCAGAAAAGCGUCCAAAGGAACGCGUAUUGAGUAUAGAAUCCAUCAUAGCAAAAUCAGAACCACUGCGCCCAGUACCAAACAUGCGUAGCUCCAGUAGUGCACCUAGUAUUGCCACCACUUCUAGCAGUAGCACCAGCAGUUGUAGCUCUGAACUUGAUAGAAAUGAGAUGGACAGUGAGAAACCUGUCACAUCUUCCCAAUGAUAGCUAGAUCACAGUGUACAUACACAGGCCUUAGGUAUUUGUAGGAAGGCACUUUUUGGUAGAGCAGAAAGCAGGUCUACAAAGUAGCUUCCCAGCCAGCAGCAUGUUCUGAUACUGCAAUAUGUCUGCCAAGAAUCAUGCUUCUAUAUCGUCCUCUUGAGGAGGUUACCAAGUGACAUAUAUGGGCCCACUUCCUUUGUCGUCCAUCUGAGGAUGCUUUCAAUCAAGUUUUCAUAAGACUAUUUAAUAGCACAAACAAGAAUUAUGAACAAAAUGCAAAGAACGAUUGUUUGGUGAGGACAUUCAACUGCGCUCCCCCCUUUUUUUGUACAUGUACCUCACCCACCAUGCAUCACAAAUCAGAGGAAAUAAAAGUAAACAUUUGAUUGUAUCAAAUACUUGUCUAAUUUUGGAAGAAGCCCCAUAAUAGCAUCAUGAUUGAUAACAGGGGCCCGCCUUACGAAGAGUUGCGAUUGAUCCGAUCAUUGCAACUAUGGAAAGCCAGCAUAGUCAUAUAAAAUGCAU